CAGUUUUUCUAAUUAAUUUAGUUUCUUAAUUGUUUCUAAAUAAUUAAUUAAUAAUUUUUUAGUAAAAUGAUGGUUUGAAGCUCACUUAAAUUUUGUUUCAAGUAAAAUUUUCUAUCUAACGUUUCGGACAUUUGGUAAUUGAUUCAAGUUUCACUUAUCCUUUACCUUGCAAAGUGAAUCUCUCAUUGGAAUUGGUUUAAACCUUUUGACUGUUGAUUUAAAUCAAAAUAAUUGUUCUUGUUUUGAUUAAUAUCUACCCCGUUGUAGCUGUUAGUGAUUCUAUUUAAUUUGGUUCUUUUUUAAAUAAUUUAUUGUUACUCUUUAUCCAGUUGUCUUAAAAGAAAUGAGUGAGCUUUUAUUGGAUACUUCUAUCCGAGCCUGGGUUUUCUUACCUAUUGUUAUUAUUUCAUUUUUAUUUGGUAUUCUUCGUCAUUAUGUGUCCAUUUUGAUUUCAUCCACUAAAAAUAUUGAAUUACAUCAAGUACAAGACAGUCAAUUGUUGAUCAGAAGUAGAUAUCUCCGUGAAAAUGGUAAAUUUAUCCCAAAACAGAGUUUCCUAAUGAGACGACAUUACUUAAAUAAUGAAGAAACUGGUUACCUUAAAGCUGGAUCUCGUCGACCUGCUCAAGCUCCUAAUCCAAUGUCAGAUCCAUCAAUGAUGACCGAUAUGUUAAAAGGAAACUUGACCAAUGUUUUACCAAUGAUUUUGAUUGGAGGUUGGAUUAAUUGGACCUUCUCUGGAUUCGUCUGUACCAAAGUACCUUUUCCAUUAACACUUCGAUUCAAGCCCAUGUUACAACGUGGAAUUGAAUUGAUGUCCUUAGACGCAAGUUGGGUCUCCUCUGCGAGUUGGUAUUUCUUGAACGUUUUCGGUUUACGAAGCAUUUACACAUUAGUAUUAGGCGAAAAUAAUGCUGCUGAUCAAACGCGAAUGAUGCAAGAUCAAAUGUCCGGAGCUGCAAUGGCGAUGCCACCAGAUCCAAAACAAGCGUUUAAAGCUGAAUGGGAAGCACUAGAAAUAAGUGAUCAUCAAUGGGCACUUAAAAAUGCUGAAAAUGAUUUAAUUGGAGAGAAAAGUAUUGGUAAUCAACAAUCACCAUCAGAAUUUAGUCCAGCAACAAUAAGUGAACCUAGAAGUUGAUUUAGCAAAGAUCCAUUUAAUUACUGGACUUAUAUUUAAAUUUUUGCUAGGCUACAAUUUGUACGAUGAAAUUAAUCAAUUUACAAUCGAUUGAACGUUUUUUGUUUCUUCUUCGCCUUUUAUACGUCUGGAUGUAUCCUGGUAUCAAUCAAUUAAUUCACAGGUACAAAUUGUUUUCCAUUUGGUCAAAUAAUCAAUUUUAAUUUACACAGUUAAUUGUUCCCUUUUUCUUUCAAAACUAAUUCAUUAAAUACCACAGAACUGGACAA